GGGAACUGUUUUGCAGUUACAACAAAGACGCACGUUAGGCUCAAGGAAGGGCAUAUUUUGACGUAAUCAUGUUCAGAUUCUUAUCCCGCACAUUACAUGCGGCUAAAAAAUCAUCAGUGAAUAUAUCUGGGUCGCGCAUUUCUUUAAUAGAUUGUGACACGGCUACAGUUUUAGUUUGGAGGGUGUCCAGUGUUUGUACGGCCAAAUACCUAAACACAAGCUCGGUGAAAUUAUGUGACAAUGCACACAAUUCCAAUAAAACAGAUAAAGAGCCUGACCCCACAGAAACGGUGAGUGAACAACCAACAAAAGAUUCCACUGAAGUCAACAAACAGGAUGAGCAAAAUCUUGGAGACAAUAUUAAGAAGGGUGGCGCUAAGGGAAACGAAGCUUCGCCUGUUGCAGCCAAGAGCGGAAAGGAGAAUCUUCUUGAACUUCUCGGAGCUAUGAAGGUGGAUGUCACGAGCAAAAAGAGGCUUAAAAAUGUGAAAGUUAAGCAAGGUGUCUCCCAUCCUAAGUCCACCCCAGCCACUAUGGAGAGCACCAUUAGCAUGUUUCAAAAGGCUUCAGAUGAGGCUUUAGCCCAGACUCAGACACUGAAUCCAGAACUGCUUGCAGCUGCUUCCGCUGCUGCUUCCACGUUUCCUAACCCCGUUCAGGCAGAGUCUGAACUGCUCACGCAACUGAGACAGCAUGAGUCCAUCACUGAGGCUCACAAGAAGGGUGACGUGAACAACCUGGGAGUGCUUAUAGCUGAGAUGAAAGUGGGAAAAAAAUCCAAUCGACAGAAUGCUUGGCCAGCCAAUCAGAUUCGGUUUGAUGACGAUGGGCGGGGCUACACACACGAUCGAGGAAUCACUGCAGAGCUGGACAGCGUUCGGAAGAAGAAGAACCUGUUCACUGGUAGAAGACUCAACAUCUUCUCAUCCACCACUGAUGAAGACCGAGUAGAUGCAACAUUUGCUCGACCAACCCUGUGGGAUGCCGACUUUGCCAACCAGCUGGCUUCUUCUGUGAACCAAAUGCCCCGAAAUGCCUUUGAGGAGAUGAUUCAGUGGACCAAAGAAGGGAAACUGUGGCACUACCCAAUUGACAAUGAAGCAGGCCUCGAGGAGGAAGCCACCGUUCCUUUCCAUGAACAUGUCUUCCUGGAGAAACACCUGGAGGAGGGCUUCCCCAGGCAGGGGCCAGUGCGACAUUUCAUGGAGCUUGUGGUGACCGGUUUGUCCAGAAACCCUUAUCUGACCGUCCAAGAGAAGAAGGAGCACAUUUCCUGGUUCAGAGACUACUUUAAUCAAAAACAGGAUGUCCUCAAAGAGGCUGAGGUUUACCUAAAUUAAAUUUGGACAUUUUUAUGUCCUUUCAACAUCUUUGAAACAAUAAGAAAGGACAAGAUUGUGUGCAGAAGACCAAAUAAUGUAAAGGAGCAUGUAUGGAAUACAUUCAAUCCACAAUCCUCAUUUGUUUGUAUUGGAAAUUUCCCCUUAGGAAGAGAGGUAUAAUGCAAAUUAGUGAAAACAAACAAUCUAAAAGUGUACAUCGGAGAGAAGCCUGUCAAGUAAUGUACUCUGAGCAACAUUCAAAUAAGUUGUUCUCAGAUGUAGUGUAACAUCAUUAAAAUAACAUCAUUAAUGGA